CAGGACCAUCUGGCAACACUCACUUCACUGUGCAAUAUUUUAUUUUCAAUCAGCAAUGUAGGUUGUUGAAAAAUCUUAAUUUUACAGUAUUUUCCAUGUUCAAAUAGGAAAACCGCUUCUUGCCAACCAUAAAACAUCAGGAAGAUAGUAUUUACUUACGUAUGGACAUUAUUUGUAUGCCAUAUUGAGUGUAAGGUUAAACGGAGGUUUGGGGUCACCGUUACUCAACGUUAGCCUUUUUCUUACAAUAUUGACGAAUUUUGUAAAAUACAAUGGGUGUCCCGAAGUUUUUCAGAUACACAAGUGAAAGGUAUCCCUGCCUAAAUGAACUGGUUAAGCAGUAUCAGAUACCAGACUUUGAUAACAUGUAUCUAGAUAUGAAUGGUAUCAUCCACAAUUGCUCGCACCCUGAUGACUCCAACCCUCACUUCCGUAUCACGGAGGAGAAGAUCUUCCAGGAUGUGUUCCAUUACAUCAGCAUUCUGUUUCAAAUAAUAAAGCCGAAGAAACUGUUCUUCAUGGCUAUUGAUGGGGUGGCUCCAAGAGCUAAGAUGAACCAGCAAAGAGGAAGGAGAUUCAGGUCAGCAAGGGAAGCAGAAAAACUGGAGGAAGAAGCAGUAGCAAAAGGGGAGACAUUGCCAAAAGAGAAGCGUUUUGACAGCAACUGCAUCACGCCUGGCACAGUGUUCAUGGCUCGUCUCCAUGAACAGCUCAGAUACUUUGUCAAGAUGAAGAUGUCUACAGACCCGCUGUGGUCUAAGGUCAAAGUUAUACUGUCUGGACAUGAGACGCCUGGCGAAGGGGAACACAAGAUAAUGGACUACAUCAGAUGGGCGCGCUCGCAGCCCGAUUACGACCCGAACACGAGACACUGUCUCUAUGGGCUUGAUGCUGAUCUCGUCAUGUUGGGGAUGUGCACGCAUGAGCCUCACUUCGCAUUGCUUAGAGAGGAGGUAAAAUUCGGCAAGACAACUCAACGGGCGACAAGCCCUGAAGAGACAAACUUCUACCUCCUUCACCUGACACUCCUCAGGCAAUACUUAGAACAAGAGUUCAUAAGCAUAAAAGAUAAGCUACCGUUCCCCUUUGACAUUGAGAAGAUAGUGGACGACUGGGUGUUGAUGGGUUUUCUAGUGGGCAACGAUUUUAUACCGAACUUGCCCAAUAUGCAUAUAAAUAAUGACGCGUUGCCGCUAUUGUAUAAGACGUAUAUGACUGUACUGCCUACAUUAGAUGGUUAUAUAAAUGAAGCGGGCGACUUACAUUUAGGAAGAUUUGAAAUAUUUUUACAAGAGUUAGCUAAAAUAGACAAGGAGAAAUUCCAGGAUACAUAUGCUGACUUGAAAUAUUUCGAAGGCAAAACAGGCAGAAGGCCUAACGCUCAAGAAAGGAAGGAGUAUAAACCAAAUAAUGAUGAAACAUUUAAUGUGGAUGUGAAUGACAUAAAGGCGAAUAAGCCUGAUGACGAUUUACAAGCGCUUAUUGACUCUACAAAUGAUAUGUAUAUGGACGAUUGUAAUGAAGAAUAUGAAGAGACAAGUGAUGAGGAAACCACAUUUGAGUCAGAGUUUCUACUUCACAAAAGAGAUUAUUACAUGAACAAAUUAGAUUAUUCUAGGGUUACUGACGAAGUCCUAGCUGACCAAGCGGAGGGCUACGUGAGAGCUAUUCAAUGGAAUCUAUUUUACUACUACAAGGGCUGCCCGUCGUGGUGCUGGUACUACCCCCACCACUACGCCCCCUACAUAUCAGACAUUAAGGGGUUCAAAGACCUGAAGAUCGAAUUCGAGUUGGGAGAGCCGUUUAAACCUUUUGAACAGCUUCUAGCAGUGUUGCCAGCAGCGAGCAAACAUUUGUUACCGACACCCUUCCACGAUCUAAUGACAGAUGAGGAGUCCCCCAUAGUACAUUACUAUCCGAUAAACUUCGAAACGGAUCUGAAUGGAAAACGGAACGAUUGGGAGGCUGUGGUGCUUAUACCCUUUAUAGAUGAGACAAACCUGUUGUCAGCAAUGGCGCCGUGUUAUCAAAGGUUGACAGAUGAAGAACAGAAGCGAAACAGUCACGGGCCAAUGCUAGUGUAUAACUGGACAAAAACUAGUCAAGGCAAAGCUGAAGCGCCAGACUACUUCCCCGCCAUAGAAAAUUGUCAUGCGCACGAGCAACGCGUCUGGCGCUCCGAGUUGGACGUGCCACCUGAAUUACUCAAGCGGGGAAUGUUGCCAAAUGCCAAUAGAUAUUUACAGUACCCCGGAUUUCCUACUAUGAGACAUCUAAAGUACACGACUACCCUCAAAAAAUGUAAAGUCCAAGUGUUUGACCAGCCGUCUCGCAACGAGAAUAUGAUGAUACAAAUACAACCUGAACUAUAUGUUAACGAUUCUUUGGAGACUGUCGCCAAAGAACUACUGGGCAAAGUCAUUUGGGCAGGAUGGCCGCAUCUUACUAAAGCUAAAGUUAUAUCAGUAUCAAGUGAAGCCAAGCGUCUGCACUAUAUCGAUAAAGAUAAUAAUAAUGUCAAUGGAGUGGUGCCAUACACCACGGAAGAAAAUUAUGGCAAUCUGCACAAACAAUGGCUGUCUGAACGAUCCACUAUUUUGGAGCAUAACCAGAAUCGUCUUGGCAUCGAAUUGGGCGAUGUGAAAACUAUCAUUCACGCGGUCAACCUCAAAGGCUACAAAUACUUAAUACAAGACAACAAUCGCAUAGCAUUCGAGCCGGAAUGGUGUUCGGUGGCCUGCGGCUACGCUUACCAAGCGAUAGUCAAAGAUGUGAAGGAGCAUGUCCUACAGCUGGCGGGGAGGUUCUCCACGCCGCAGGAGGCCUACCCCGCCGGGGACGAGGUGUUCUUGUUGACACAGGGACAGUAUUAUGGCUGUCUUGCUACGGUGGUGGACUCGGAAUUGAUCCGCAACGGUAGAAUCAAGGUGUGCUUGAACGAAGUCGCCGAAGCCGUGCCCGUGGUGCGCGCCGCCGCGUGCCCGUACCGCCCCGCGCAGCGCGCCGCCGCCGCCGCCGGUAUAUCUUCGCAACUUCUGUCCCGCCUGACUGGGACGGUGCUGGUUAUAUUUGGUGAACCUAACGACAUGCCUACAGAACAGCAGUCCAAGACCAACAUAGGGCUUAACCUCAAGUUUAACAAGAAGAACCAGGAAGUUUCUGGUUACACCCGCCGUUGCAAAACAACUAAUGCGUGGCUAUACUCAGACCGUUGUAUAGAACUGGUCAAAGGGUAUUGUAAGGAGUUCCCCGAGUUAAUCAACACAUUGGCGUCUUCGAUGGGCAAUGACGUCUUCUUCGAGGGUGAUUUGUGGCCUGGACAAGUUGGACAAAAGAAGCCGCAAGAAGUGGUGCAAUGGAUAAAAAGCCAGCCGCAAUCGAACGCGUGCCGUCGCGAAUGCGGCUCCGAAGCUUUGGAGCCGGAAGAGUUGAAAGCUCUAUACGAAGAUAUCAAGCCGCAGUUGGAGAAGCUUAAAGCUCAGGAGAAGAAGGUCACGCUGCAUGUCAAGUGGAGUCUGCUUUAUAAGCCCGAACUCCACGAGGGCAACAUCCAACCCGACCCCACUGCGGACUUCAAGAUGUACGACCGAGUGGUCUGCACAGCGAGGAAUAUAACCGUUCCCCUGGGCGCCAGGGGAACUAUCACGGCGGUAUAUAGGCCUUCCUCAGUGAACACUGUGCGGCUCGCGGACAAGCUGAACGCAGAGCCUACUUACCAGGUCAUGUUCGACGAGCCAUUCCCCGGGGCACUCACUGAAGAUUUGUUUGAAGAGGCCAGAUUUUACAGGAUGUUGCCGACCAACAUGCUGAACGUGUCGUACGGCCGCAAGCUUCGUCACCUGGUCCAACACGCCACAGACGACAUGUUUCUGCCAAACGUGUCCAAUAAUAAAGCCCCCACUUUAUUGAGAAGAGAUGAUGGGCAUCACUCAGCGUUUGCAAGCUAUAGCCCACCCAGUGUUAGUAAAACGCCGACUAACGAGCCCCGUAACACCGCGCCGCUGGUAAUACCAACGGCUGUUGCUUCCAACAACGAUCCUCAGGAUGCCACACAUCUGCUUAGAAGCCUUCUGAAGAUAAGCGACAAUGAUGAUUCGAAGAAAAACGGCAAGAAUGCGUCAGACCAGAAUUGGCGAGUGAAAAAUGAAAAUAUUCCACAAGCCCCGCAAACUCAUAGAUUACCGCAGCAAAAUUGGCGUAACGAGAACAGCAAUGCACACAACAAGCCCGGUAUCUAUCAGAAUCCUGCGGAGUGGGCCAAUAGCAAUUAUAAGAAUCAAAUGCCCCUACCUCCGUAUCCCACUUUCGGUCAGCCUUUCCACGGGCCCGGCCCCGCCCAAAUCCCGUUCCCACAAUUCCAAAAUCCCCAUUUCCAGCGGCACGGCAACCCACACUACAACGCGAAUCAGGACAAGACCAGAUACCAAAACCAGAACCAGAACCAAAACCAGUUUCCGAAACAUGCGCCCAACGUGGCCGCGGCUAAUAAUCUGGUGCCCAGUUGGUUAGCGGGACAGAACAAACCAAAUGCGAGCCAGCCGAACGCCAGCACCAAUGCGGUGCAAAACAACGGCGAGAGGAUAAGCAAUCCGUUUGUACCGCUACAAGUGCAGACUAGCCAGAGGAGAACCCAGAAACCCGGUGGGUCUACGGCUAAAAAGGAAGAGACGCCAGCGCCUCAAAAUACAAUGCCUAAACCGCAGCCCCUCAGACAAGCGAUGCCGCAACAGCAAACGAAUUCAUCACGACCGAUGAAGAAGAAGAAGCCCAGAAUAGCUGCCAACUUACCCUUCCAAACAGACUAGUGUUCUACCAUAGACAACAUACAGUAUUGCCAACUCUAGUGAUAAAAACUUCUAAAUUCCUAAUAACAGAUCGGUAAACAAAAUAAAAAUUGUAAAUUAUGUAAAUAGUACAUUUGUUGUAUUUGACUCAUGUGAUCAAUUUAUUUUUGUUCAUAUCAUCAACUGGAAUGUGUACUAGCUAUUUAAAAAAAAACUUAAGGUAUAAUUGCGUGUAGCUAUCGAUUGUGUUUUUGUUUGUCCGUAUUUUUUAAAUUUAUAUUGCACUUAACUAAAGAGACUACAUAACUAUAUGAGUGCAAUAAUUUUCCACUUAUUUCCUUUGAAAAUAAUAAAUUUGGAAUAUAGUACGCAUAAUCCUAGACUUACAUUACUCGUACUUACCGUCGCUUACGAUUUUUUUUUUACUUUCAAUCUUAGAUAAACAGUUAACGCGUUUACUGUCACAGUUCUUGCGACUUUGAUUUAAGACUAUUUUUUUUAAAUUCAUGGUCUCAAGAUCAUCAUUACAUGUAUCACAUUGUUUGACAUUUAACUAUUUAGAAUUUCUUUAUCGGAAAAAUAACAGUUAAUUCGUUAACAAAUGAAAAAUAAUUGAGAAUUUAAAAAGUACACCUGAAUUAUAUAAAAAUAUUUACAUCAAAUUUUAUUUUUGACAUCAUUUAUACACUUACAAGUGUUAUAUUGUGUUACUUUAAGAAAAUACAAUCUUUCUGAAAAGUACAAAGCAUUGUUUAGAAAAAAUAAUAACGUCUGCGUAGAUGAGACACUUUUUGGAUAGUUUAAAGUUAUAUGUGAUUUAUUUUAAUUCACCACAAAGCAAACAGUUCCUAAUCUGCGCAAACGUUCAUUAAAAGUUAGAUAAUUCUAUAAUAAGUAAUAAAAAUGUAAAAUAAGUAUAGGUCGCGCGGUGGUUUAAGAACGCUCGGCAAAAGUAGAAGGGGCAUGCGCAGUGAUCAAUUUUUAGGUCUAUUUGGUGCGACGAGGAGAGAGGGGGGGCGGGUGUGCGCCGACGGCGACACGUAUUGGUGGAUUAGUCACUCUUUACUUCCCGCGUUGAGUUCGCGCGUCCCGUGUCUCUUGGGUACUGUUGCGCACAAAUUGUUUUAUCGUAUUUGUACGCGACAACUUAAAAUAAUAUAUCAAUUCUCAAACAGUACAAGUCGCCCCUACCCUAUGUCCGUCCACGGUUGAAUAUAACUAUGUCAAAUUUCAUCAAAAUUGGUUCAGCCAGGUCAGGUUAAGUGUGAAAACUGAACAUGCAUACACACAUACACAUUUUCGCAUUUAUAAUAUAAGUAGGGAUUAUAAGUAUUUAUAAGGCACAAAAUCCAUACUAACAUUAUAAGUAUAUUAUAAGAUAUGGAUAUACAUAGUUAAAUAACCGAGUUAAAACAUAGGCUACUUUUUUUGGAAAAUCACGCGGGCGAAGUUGCGGGACAACAGCUAGUAUUAAAUAAAUAAAUAAAAAAACAUUUCCCUUAGCAUUUUUGAGCGCGAAUGUACACAUGCGCCGUUUGCCCCCACUAUUUUUUCCGAGCGUUCUUUAACCACCGCGCGACCUAUACAUAAUAUUUAAAACAAUAGGUACCUACUUUCAGCAAGUACAACGUAGACACACCGUACACUUAUUUUUGGCAUGUAAAUUUAAAUAAUGAAUGUUUUUUUUUCAAAUCAAGAUUAUGUGUAAUAAAUGAAUUCCGAACAGUA